AUGCCUACGCGUUUGUGUCGCCGGCAGGAGGAAACCGACCCUCCCCGUCCCCCAUCGCACAAACGCGCCGCGAUCGCCGCCGGUCCGAACGACGUAAUUUCGUGUACACGGUCAUUGGCAAAAUCGCCGUCCACACCGUCUACCCAAUCUAAUCCCGCUGCUGUUUACGCGUACUGCAAGCGCGCAGUAUUCCCCGGCUGUACACAGUUGCACAGCACGUGUAUGAUGUCAAUCGUACUAAUUAAUAUUCUAAACGUGAGCGUGCACGCGGAUGGACGGACAUGUUUGCUGCCGUUUCACCCAAAUCUACUGCACGGAUUUCAACGGCUUUCGGCGUAG